AAAAAGUACCGUUACUUUAUUUUUCUGUUUCUAAAACAAGCAAACAAGCAAGCAAGAAGAAGAAGAGGAAGAAGUAGCUUCAGUCUCUUGAGAGCAUAGAGAACAAUGGCAAGAGGGUUUAUGUUCAUCUUACUUGUUGUUUCAUCAGUUUGGCUUAUGCUUCUUGGUUCUUGCUAUGGAAGUUUUGUUGGAAUAUGCUAUGGAAGAAAUGCUGAUGACCUACCUCCACCUGAUAAGGUGUCACAGUUAGUUCAAGAUCACAAAAUCAAAUAUGUUAGAAUCUAUGAUUCCAACAUCCAAGUUCUGAAAUCUUUCGCAAACACUGGCGUCGAACUUAUGAUUGGAAUUCCAAAUCUAGAUUUGCUUCCAUUCUCACAGUUCCAAACCAACGCCGACACUUGGCUCAGAAACAGCAUCAUUCCUUAUUAUCCAGCUACGAAGAUCACAUACAUAACCGUCGGCGCAGAAAUCACGGAAAGUCCUGAAAACAUUUCCGCGUUGGUUGUGCCAGCCAUGACUAAUGUCCUUGCAGCACUUAAGAAAGCCGGACUUCAUAAGAAGAUAAAAGUUUCAACCACUCAUUCCCUCGGCGUGCUGUCUCGAUCCUUCCCUCCUUCCGCCGGUGCUUUCGAUAGCAAACAUGCUCAUUUCCUGAAGCCACUGCUGGAAUUUCUUGCGGAAAAUCAGUCGCCUUUUAUGAUCGAUCUGUAUCCUUAUUAUGCAUACCGUGACUCCCGGAACAAAGUGCCAUUGGACUAUGCAUUGUUCGAGUCAUCCUCCGAAGUUAUUGAUCAGAACACCGGUUUGCUCUAUACAAACAUGUUUGAUGCUCAGAUUGAUGCUAUUUAUUUUGCAUUGUCGGCGUUGAAUUUCAGAACUAUUAAAGUCAUGGUAACCGAAACAGGCUGGCCUUCGAAAGGUUCGCCUAAAGAGACAGCAGCUACUCCUGAUAAUGCACAAACGUAUAACAUGAAUCUGAUAAGGCAUGUUAUCAACGAAACCGGUACACCUGCAAAACCCGGAGAAGAACUCGACAUCUAUAUUUUUUCCUUGUUUAACGAAAACAGGAAGCCGGGUUUGGAAUCCGAGAGAAACUGGGGGUUAUUUUAUCCGGACCAAACAAGCGUAUAUAGCCUAGAUUUCACCGGACAAAGUCCUGUCGACAUGACUGCGGAUUCAAACGUUACAAAAUCAAACGGAACAAAAUGGUGCAUUGCUUCGAGUAAGGCGACACAAAUUGAUUUACAGAAUGCGAUAAACUGGGCUUGUGGAACUUCUGGCAAUGUGGACUGUACUCCUAUCCAGCCAAGUCAGCCUUGUUUUCAGCCGGAUAACUUAGUCUCGCACGCUUCAUAUGCUUUUAAUAGCUAUUAUCAGCAAAACGGUGCUUCUGAUGUUGCAUGUAGUUUCGGAGGGACCGGUGUAAUAGUCGAUAAGGAUCCAACCUAUGACAGCUGCAUUUACAUGAGAAUCGGAAAUAAUCAAACUUUGGCAAGUAAUAGUACAGCAGCAAUACCUUCAGCUCCAUCCUCCUCCUCAAACAAAGAAGUUUACGCAUCAAUCUCUACUAGCGCUCUUCUUUUAACCUUUCUUUUCUUUCUUUUGGAUCUCGAACGAGCCUAACGAGCUUGUUUGAUGGCCGAGAAAGAGGCUAAGAGUUUGAUUGUUGAAAAGGCAACUUGCUUAAUUUUUUUUUACCAUUUGGAGGUAUUAUGCUGCUGCUUUUGGCAUGAAGGAAAAGUAAUGAUUUCAGAAGCUUUUUUAUUAAUGUAUAUUCUGUGAAAUUCAACUACUUUAUGUAGAGUGAGGAAAUCUAUCUCUCCUAGUUUUGUAUUCCAUGUGAUUGGCCAAAAUAGCAUGAUUACCUUUUUUCUGUGGUUUA